AUGUUCACAGUGGCUCCAGACCCCCCCAACCCAACCCCACCCCCCCGAGAAUUGUGGGGCUGUGAUUUGUCAAAGAUCAGCUGUUCUUCACUGGCCUCAGCUCUGAAGUCCAACCCCUCCCAUCUGAGGGAGCUGGACCUGAGUGACAACGAGCUGCAGGAUUCAGGAUUGGAGCUGCUGUGUGAUUUUCUGAGCAGUCCAAACUGUGGACUGAAGACUCUAAGAUUGAGGUGGUGCAGUUUGUCAGAGAUCAGCUGUGCUGCUCUGGCCUUAGCGCUGAAGUCCAACCCCUCCCAUCUGAGAGACCUGGACCUGAGAGACAACAAGUUUCAGGAUUCAAGAGUGAAGAUGCUGUGUGAUGUUCUGGAGAGUCCGAGCUUUGAACUGGAAACUCUGAGGGUGGAUGGCAGAGAGUACCGGGCUGCACCUGACAGACGUGAAUCCGUCCCCCUCAAAGACCAACCCGGAUGUGUCUGAGGACAGAAAAGAGGACCAGUUGAGUCCUGAUGAUCCAGAGAGGUUGAAGCAGCAGCAGCUUGUGGGUGGAGAGGCUCCCCAUACAAAGUCUCAGGAAAUGUUAUAUUUCACACCUAAACUGCUGACUGAGUCUGGAAAGACUUCAUACAGGUUCAGGUGUCCCGGUCCAGGUGUGUUCCAGUGUGCUUUGACUGGACUGGUGUUUCUUACAACUCAGGAGGCGGAGCUUCUG